ACGUGACCCAGGCCCCGCCCCCUUGGCGGGAGGGGGCGGAGCCUCCGCUCCGUGCGUGGGCAGCGCGCCCCUCCCCGCCGCGCAUGGGCACGAGCACGAGCGGCGGUGUGCGUGAGUGCGUGUGUGCGGCGCGGGUGCGGAGCGGAGCGGUGAGGUGAGGUGGAAGCCGGGUUUUCGGAGAGGAGCGUUACGUCUGAGGCUGGCCAAAUGCCGGCUCCUUCCCUGCAGCCUGCUCGCCUCUGUAAGUAACCUUCGCUGGGAGCUGCUGUUACUUUAAAUAAGAACUCUCGGUGCCUCAUGCUGUAAGGUGAGAAAUUCUUCUGGAAGAGGACGGCGGUGACACUUGGAACUCGCUGGGAGUGCUGGCAGCUUGGCAGGGAGCACGAAACAGGCUGAAACGGAGCAAACGCCCGCGGGGGCUGUCAGGCUGGAGUUCUGCGGAGGAAAAGUGCCACUGGAAACAGUAACAAAGCCCAGGGAGUAAGAAGAGCUGGACUGUGUCAGCCCUGAAAGCCAAUCCGCCUCACCUCUCCUCUCUGCUUCCUUCAGGCUUCUGUUUUAUUCAGGGAUCUUUGCUUCGUCGGUUUUUCUCUCUGCCUCGCGUGCUCCAUCGCCGCGGUUGUGCUGCUGGAAGAAGACCCGGAGAAAGAUGCGCUGAAGCCUCACGCAUCGUAGAGGAGAAGCUUGGAACCUGUGUGCCUCCCAGUGCUGGAGGGGAGGAGAGCUAGGAACAAUUUGCUGUAGCUCCCAGUUCCCGCUGCGUUCUCUGCUAGCUCAGCUGUUGGUGUCCCCCGUUCCUGGACUUUGCUUGAUGGGGAUCUCUGCUGCGGGAGCAGUCUCUGCACUCGAAGGCAGGAGAGCAGGGGUUGGAGAGGUGGCCUCUAGAUGCUGGAAAGGCCAUUGGUGUAAGCUCCUGGCAGAAGAUCUCUUCUGGAACAGCUGCUGGCUGUAGGCCCACCGAGCUGAGGUUCAGGGUAGCCUCUCUGCAGCAUGUCUUCCAAGGCAGAGCAGAAGGAGACCCACCAGGCCAAUGGGGCUGUGCUGCCCGCCGUGCCCAUGGACUGCCUUGCCGGUCCAGACCGGGGGCAGCUGGUGGAGCCCUCCAAUUUCCUGGGACCUGACGGCGUCGGGGUGGAAGUGGUGGUGCUGGAGUCCCGUGCCAAUGCUAAAGGUGUGCGAGAAGAAGACGCCCUGCUGGAAAACGGCAGCCAGAGCAAUGAAAGCGAUGACACCAGCACAGACAGAGGCCCUGAGCCAGCCUCACCGCUCAAGGAGACCUCCUUUUCCAUCGGGCUGCAAGUCCUCUUUCCCUUCCUCCUGGCAGGCUUUGGGACAGUUGCUGCUGGAAUGGUGCUGGACAUCGUGCAGCACUGGGAUGUCUUCAAAUAUGUGACCGAGGUCUUCAUCUUGGUGCCUGCACUACUGGGUCUGAAGGGGAACCUGGAGAUGACGCUGGCAUCUCGCCUGUCCACAGCUGCUAAUAUUGGCCAAAUGGAUACACCCAAAGAGCUCUGGAAGAUGAUAACAGGGAACAUGGCUCUGAUACAGGUUCAGGCUACCGUGGUUGGCUUCCUGGCCUCGAUCGCAGCAGUGAUAUUUGGAUGGAUUCCAGAUGGGCACUUCAGCCUUGACCAUGCUGUCCUGCUCUGUGCCAGCAGUGUAGCUACUGCUUUCAUUGCUUCCCUUGUUCUGGGCAUGAUCAUGAUUGGAGUCAUCAUUGGAUCCAGGAAGAUGGGGAUCAAUCCUGAUAACGUAGCCACGCCAAUUGCUGCCAGCCUGGGAGAUCUCAUCACCCUGGCUCUGCUUUCAGGAAUCAGCUGGGGCUUGUACAAAGAGCUGGAGAGCAAAGCAUACGUGAAUCCCUUGGUGUGCGCCUUCUUCAUAGCUCUGCUGCCCAUCUGGAUCAUCAUUGCCAAGAAGAAUGCAGCCACUCGGGAGGUGCUGUACUCUGGCUGGGAGCCAGUCAUUAUUGCAAUGGCAAUUAGCAGCGUUGGGGGUUUAAUAUUGGACAGAACAGUCUCAGAUCCGAACUUUGCUGGGAUGGCUGUCUUCACACCGGUUAUCAACGGUGUGGGUGGCAACCUGGUGGCAGUGCAGGCGAGUCGCAUCUCCACUUACCUGCACAUGAGUGGGAUGCCUGGGGAGAGCUCUGAAACAGCCCCUCGCAAGUGCCCCAGCCCGUGCAGCACUUUCUUCAGCUCAGAUGUGAAUUCCCGCUCUGCCCGUGUGCUCUUUCUUCUGGUCGUGCCUGGACACUUGGUUUUCCUUUACACCAUCAGCUCCAUGCAAGGUGGACACACUACACUCACCCCGAUUUUCAUUGUUUUCUACAUGACAGCUGCACUUCUCCAGGUUCUCAUUCUGCUGUACAUUGCUGACUGGAUGGUGCACUGGAUGUGGGGCAGGGACCUCGAUCCUGACAACUUCUCCAUCCCCUACUUGACAGCGCUGGGCGACCUGAUCGGAACAGGUCUCCUUGCUCUCAGCUUUCAUGUCCUCUGGCUUAUCGGUGACCGGGACUCCGAUGUGGGGGACUAGCUCUCCUUGCCACCCCUCCCCUCCUCUCAGCUCUCCUCCGUUCAUUUUUGUCAUGGUUGUUUUUCUUCCACCCUUGCUCUUCUCUGCUUCCUCCCCUCCCCCCCCCGUCUCUCACGAGACUUCAUUCUUUGAUACAGGAUUCUCAUUAUUUUCAAUGGGAAUUUUAUGUGGUUUAUAUUUCAAGCCAAGUUUGUACAGAAAAUAAAUCUAGUUUUAGGAAGGAGGCGAAAGUGUAAUGAGACAAUCACCAAGUGCAAUUUCCUAGCAGUUGUCUGACCCCGUGUUCCAGGGGAGCUGCCCAUCGGUCCGAUGGAGCGCGCAGGAAGCCCGCCUGGCCCGGCCAUUGGAGGUGAAGGGCUGCUUUGUUCGCUUCAUAAGCGUUUUAAAUACUGCAGAUGAGGUUCAGAUGUACGUUGCGAAGCAGGCACCUUCUGGCAGAGUACGGCCUUGUGGAUGAGGGCACGGGGAUCUCCUGUUUUCUCUAUCCUGUGACCUUCCUCCCUCGUGUUUUCUCCCUCAGUCCCUCCCCUGUGCCUCGCACCCGAAGCAUGCAAGUCUCUGCUCGAGUGCUUAUCCAGCUGUGUGCAUGAAGGCCUGCUUUCAGCUGCCGUGUGCGUGCCGGUGAUGGGCCCGCUGCAGCUGGGAAGGGGCUGCUCGGCACCUUCCCCUUGCUGAGCCUGAAGCAUUUCAAACUCAGGAGCGUUACGCUGCUGCUGUCUCCUCGGAGAUGCCAUCUGUGUUCAGCCGUUGGCUUUCUCUGUGUGCAUAGGAGGCAGCUGGGGAGCAGGUCGGCGGAGCAGCCUGACUUGUUGCAGCCCUGGGCUGUCAGUGCAGCGCUCCAUGCUCCUCAGCAGAGCACCCUGCUUGCCUUCAGCUGCACGUGGAGCCUGGGGUCGGUGAGGGCCCAGCACGCCAGCCGGGGCUGAGCACUGUGAGCCUUGUUUCCCUCCUGCUUUUUGUGCUGCCCAGCUGGGAGGUGGCUGGGAAGCCCUCCCUUCCUCUGCCUGGGAGGAUUCUCAUGCAGACUGCAGCAGCGUAGCGACAGCAAACCCGUUCUGGCUGCGUGGCUGAGGCAUUUGUAAAUCAUCUUCCUGAGUGCUGUUGGCACUCGGUGCUUUUUACUUUUCCCAUCUGGGUACAAAUCGAUUCAGUGAGCUGAGCACAGUUUAUUGAAGCGGGUUCUUAUUGACUUGGAAGCAUCACUCAGCUGCAUCAAGUUCAAGUGAUGUGGUCAAUCCGACAGCGCUGUUAAGCAGGCUCUGAUGCAUGAACAUAAACUGAAUGCAUGUGAGCAUGGGAGAGAGCUCCUAACAGCAGUAGGGAUGGAGAAAUCAGUGUCCCAUGGGACCCAGCUGUGCUGCAGUGCCCAAAGCACUGGGAGAUGCUGCUCCCAAGCAUUUGAGGAGAUGCCCACAGUACCCAGGAGUUCAUGCUGCAGCCUGGAGCACUGCAGCCCUGCUCCUGCUGUGCUGCUGCUUGUCCUGGGUGCCUGCAGCUCCAGGGCAUCACCCGAGAGCUGCAGGAUUUGGGGCUCCCUGCAGGCUGCUGCUUUUCUUUUCCUGCCUUGAUGGGCUUCAGUUCCUCCCUUAGCUUAACUUCAGCAUUUCUGGCACGAAGAGGCAGCGCUCCCCUCCUCUCCUUGCUGAUGUGAGGAGGUUUCCCUUCCCCCCUCCAUCUGUGCCGUGUCUUUAGUGGCAGUAGCUCUGCCCCUCCUCCCCUUCCCCGUAGUGACUUGGCUGCUCGCAGGUCCCAUUCAAAACCACGAGGAAAAAAACCAAACCAACAGAAGAGCCAACCAAACUCCAAUCAAACUCCCACCCCAAAGCGCAAAGUCUGAGCCCAGGGGCUCAGCAUCCUCUGCUGUCACCUCCUUUCUCUGCCUGCUGCUGAGGGGCGGCUGCGAGACUUCCUUCCACUGACACACGGUUGUGUAUGGCCGCAAUGUGGUGUGAUAUCGGCCUUUAGUUCCCCAGGACAGAGCUGGUGCUGGGGCAGGAUCUGUGCUCGUGGUCUCCCGUGGGUGCAGAGGCGCUGUGGGGUGCGUGGGGUGGGGACAAAUCUCGUCGUGCAUUUCAGAACGUGGCCGGCCAAAAGCUUCUCCCACCACGUGCACUCGGUUGCAUGGCCCACCCUCCAGCUGGCUGCCAAUGAGAAAUACCGGUUUACUCUUUUUAUUAAAGGAAAAAAAAAAAAAAAAAAGACUGUCUUAAUUAUUUAUA